GUGACCCGUUGACGAUGGCACAGCGGAGUGGGCAGGAGGACCCGGAGCGGUACCUCUUCGUGGACCGCGCCGUGGUCUACAACCCGGCCACGCAGGCCGACUGGACCGCCAAGAAGCUGGUGUGGGUCCCGUCCGAGCGCCAUGGCUUCGAGGCCGCCAGCAUCCGCGAGGAGCGCGGCGACGAGGUGGUGGUGGAGCUGGCCGAGAACGGCAAGAAGGCCAUGGUCAACAAGGACGACAUCCAGAAGAUGAACCCGCCCAAGUUCUCCAAGGUGGAGGACAUGGCGGAGCUGACCUGCCUCAAUGAGGCGUCCGUGCUGCACAACCUCAAGGACCGCUACUACUCCGGGCUCAUCUAUACUUAUUCUGGGCUUUUCUGCGUGGUCAUAAAUCCCUAUAAGAACCUGCCCAUCUACUCCGAGAACAUCAUCGAAAUGUACCGAGGGAAAAAGAGGCACGAGAUGCCGCCACACAUCUACGCCAUCUCCGAGUCGGCCUACAGAUGCAUGCUGCAGGAUCGUGAGGACCAAUCAAUUCUUUGCACAGGUGAAUCGGGUGCCGGUAAGACGGAGAACACCAAAAAAGUUAUUCAGUACCUGGCGCAUGUAGCGUCUUCCCACAAAGGACGAAAGGACCACAACAUUCCUCCUGAAUCGCCUAAACCAGUGAAACUCCAGGGUGAGCUGGAACGCCAGCUUCUGCAAGCCAACCCCAUCCUUGAGUCCUUCGGCAACGCAAAGACGGUGAAAAAUGACAACUCUUCACGUUUUGGAAAGUUCAUUAGGAUCAACUUUGACGUCACUGGUUACAUUGUGGGGGCCAAUAUCGAGACCUAUCUGCUGGAGAAGUCGAGAGCCAUUCGCCAAGCCAAAGAUGAGAGAACGUUCCACAUUUUCUAUCAGCUGCUGGCCGGGGCCGGAGAGCACCUGAAGUCUGACUUGCUGUUGGAAGGAUUUAACAGCUAUCGCUUCCUGUCCAACGGCAACAUUCCCAUCCCGGGGCAACAGGACAAGGACAACUUCCAGGAGACCAUGGAAGCAAUGCACAUCAUGAGCUUCUCCCAUGAGGAGAUCCUGUCUAUGCUCAAGGUGGUGUCCUCUGUGCUGCAGUUCGGUAACAUUGUCUUCAAGAAGGAAAGAAACACGGAUCAGGCCUCCAUGCCAGAGAACACAGCUGCCCAGAAGCUGUGCCACCUGCUGGGCAUGAACGUGAUGGAGUUCACACGCGCCAUCCUGUCGCCCCGGAUCAAGGUUGGCAGGGACUACGUACAGAAAGCACAGACCAAAGAACAGGCGGACUUCGCUGUGGAGGCCCUGGCCAAGGCGACGUACGAGCGCCUCUUCCGCUGGCUGGUUCACCGCAUCAACAAGGCUCUGGACAGGACCAAACGCCAGGGGGCCUCCUUCAUCGGCAUCCUGGACAUCGCCGGCUUCGAGAUCUUCGAGCUGAACUCCUUUGAGCAGCUGUGCAUCAACUACACCAACGAGAAGCUGCAGCAGCUCUUCAACCACACCAUGUUCAUCCUGGAGCAGGAGGAGUACCAGCGCGAGGGCAUCGAGUGGAACUUCAUCGACUUCGGCCUGGACCUGCAGCCCUGCAUCGACCUCAUCGAGAGGCCGGCUAACCCGCCUGGUGUGUUGGCUCUGCUGGAUGAGGAGUGCUGGUUCCCCAAGGCCACUGACAAGACCUUUGUGGAGAAGCUGGUCCAAGAGCAGGGCACUCAUCCCAAAUUCCAGAAGCCCAGACAACUGAAAGAUAAAGCGGACUUCUGCAUCAUCCAUUACGCUGGCAAGGUGGACUACAAGGCAGAUGAAUGGCUGAUGAAGAACAUGGACCCUCUUAAUGACAAUGUGGCAACUCUUCUGCACCAGUCAACAGACAAGUUUGUCGCAGAACUGUGGAAGGAUGAGAUUCAGAAUAUUCAAAGAGCCUCUUUCUAUGACAAUAUUUCUAGUCUUCAUGAUCCUCCAGUGGAUCGCAUUGUCGGUCUGGACCAGGUGGCAGGCAUGAACGAGACGACCUUUGGUUCGGCCUAUAAAACCAAGAAAGGCAUGUUCCGCACGGUUGGCCAGCUGUACAAGGAGUCCCUCACCAAGCUGAUGGCCACCCUGCGCAACACCAACCCCAACUUCGUGCGCUGCAUCAUCCCCAAUCACGAGAAAAGGGCAGGAAAGCUGGACCCUCACCUGGUGCUGGACCAGCUGCGCUGCAACGGGGUGCUGGAGGGGAUCCGGAUCUGUCGCCAGGGCUUCCCCAACCGCAUCGUCUUCCAGGAGUUCAGACAGAGAUAUGAAAUCCUCACCCCUAACGCUAUUCCUAAGGGCUUCAUGGAUGGAAAACAGGCUUGUGAAAGAAUGAUCCGAGCCUUGGAACUGGAUCCGAACCUGUACCGCAUUGGACAGAGCAAGAUCUUCUUCCGUGCUGGAGUCCUGGCUCACCUGGAGGAGGAGCGAGACCUGAAGAUCACCGAUAUCAUCAUUUACUUCCAGGCUGUGUGCCGGGGGUAUCUGGCCCGCAAGGCUUUUGCUAAGAAGCAGCAGCAGCUCAGCGCCCUGAAAGUCCUGCAGAGAAACUGCGCGGCGUACCUCAAACUGCGGCACUGGCAGUGGUGGCGGCUCUUCACAAAGGUGAAGCCGCUGCUGCAGGUGACCAGGCAGGAGGAGGAGAUGCAGGCGAAAGACGAGGAGCUGCUCAAGGUGAAAGAGAAGCAGGUCAAGGUGGAAGGAGAGCUGGUGGAGAUGGAGAGGAAACACCAGCAGCUGCUGGAGGAGAAGAAUAUCCUGGCGGAGCAGCUGCAGGCGGAGACGGAGCUCUUUGCAGAGGCCGAGGAGAUGCGCGCCCGCCUGGCAGCCAAGAAGCAGGAGCUGGAGGAGAUCCUGCAUGACCUGGAGUCCCGCGUGGAGGAAGAGGAGGAGCGGAACCAGGCCCUGCAGAAUGAGAAGAAGAAGAUGCAGACGCACAUCCAGGACCUGGAGGAGCAGCUGGAUGAGGAGGAAGCAGCCCGCCAGAAGCUGCAGCUGGAGAAGGUGACAGCCGAGGCCAAGAUCAAGAAGAUGGAGGAGGACAUCCUGCUGCUGGAGGACCAGAACUCCAAGUUUAUGAAGGAGAAGAAGUUGCUAGAUGACCGCGUGUCCGAGAUGACCUCCCAGCUGACCGAGGAGGAGGAGAAAGCCAAGAACCUGGGCAAGCUGAAGAACAAGCAGGAGAUGAUGAUCGCAGACCUGGAAGAGCGCCUGAAGAAGGAGGAGAAGACGCGUCAGGAGCUGGAGAAGGCCAAGAGGAAGCUAGAUGGGGAGACGACAGACCUGCAGGACCAGAUCGCGGAGCUGCAGGCCCAGAUUGAGGAGCUCAAGGUCCAGCUGGCUAAGAAGGAGGAGGAGCUGCAGGCUGCCCUUGCCAGGGGGGACGAGGAGGUGGCUCAGAAGAACAAUGCCCUGAAGCAGGUGCGAGAGCUGCAGGCCCAGCUGGCCGAGCUCCAGGAGGACCUGGAGUCGGAGAAGGCAGCGCGGAAUAAGGCGGAGAAGCUGAAGAGAGACCUGAGCGAGGAGCUGGAGGCCCUCAAGACCGAGCUGGAGGACACGUUGGACACGACGGCCGCGCAGCAGGAGCUCAGGACCAAGCGUGAGCAGGAGGUGGCGGAGCUGAAGAAGGCCAUUGAGGAAGAGACGAAGAACCACGAAUCGCAAAUCCAGGAGAUGAGGCAGAGGCACUCCACCGCCCUGGAGGAGCUGUCGGAGCAGCUCGAGCAAGCCAAGAGGUUCAAGUCGAACCUGGAGAAGAACAAGCAGACGCUGGAGAGUGACAACAAGGAGAUGGCCAACGAGGUGAAAGUGCUGCAGCAGGCCAAGGCAGACUCGGAGCACAAGAGGAAGAAGUUGGAGGCACAGCUGCAGGAGUUCAUGGCCAGAGUCACCGAGGGCGAGAGGUCCAAGAGCGAGCUGGCUGAGCGAACUCACAAGCUGCAGAAUGAACUUGACAAUGUCUCCACCCUGCUGGAAGAGGCAGAAAAGAAGGGAAUCAAGCUGGCCAAAGAUGCAGCCAGUAUGGAAUCGCAGCUACAGGACACACAGGAGCUGCUGCAGGAGGAGACGCGCCAGAAGCUGAACCUGAGCAGCCGUAUCCGCCAGCUGGAAGAGGAGAAGAAUGCCCUGCAGGAGCAGCAAGAGGAAGAGGAGGAAGCCCGCAGGAACCUGGAAAAACAGCUGGCCACGCUGCAGGCGCAGCUGGUGGACACCAAGAAGAAGCUGGAGGACGAUGUUGGGACCAUGGAGGGGCUGGAGGAGGUGAAGAAGAAGCUGCUGAAGGAUGUGGAGAGCUCCAACCAGAGGCUGGAGGAGAAAGCCAUGGCCUUCGACAAGAUGGAGAAGACCAAAAACCGGCUGCAGCAGGAGCUGGAUGACCUCAUGGUGGACCUUGACCACCAGAGACAGAUCGUCUCCAACCUGGAGAAGAAGCAGAAGAAGUUUGACCAGAUGCUGGCCGAGGAGAAGAACAUUUCCGCCCGUUACGCGGACGAGCGGGACCGCGCAGAAGCGGAGGCGCGGGAGAAGGAGACCAAGGCUCUGUCUCUGGCCCGCGCGCUGGACGAGGCGCUGGAGGCCAAGGAGGAGUUUGAGAGGCUGAACAAACAGCUGCGCACGGAGAUGGAGGAUCUCAUGAGCUCCAAGGACGACGUGGGCAAGAAUGUGCACGAGCUGGAGAAGUCGAAGCGCACGCUGGAGCAGCAGGUGGAGGAGAUGCGCACACAGCUGGAGGAGCUGGAGGACGAGCUGCAGGCCACCGAGGACGCCAAGCUGCGCCUGGAGGUCAACAUGCAGGCCAUGAAGGCCCAGUUCGAGAGGGACCUGCAGGCCCGCGAUGAGCAGAACGAGGAGAAGAAGCGGAUGCUGGUCAAGCAGGUGCGGGAGCUGGAGGCGGAGCUGGAGGAUGAACGCAAGCAAAGGGCCCUGGCCGUGGCUGCCAAGAAGAAGAUGGAGAUGGACCUGAAAGACCUGGAGGCCCAGAUCGAGGCGUCCAACAAGGCCCGCGACGAAGCCAUUAAACAACUGCGCAAGCUUCAGGCUCAGAUGAAAGAUUACCAGCGCGAGCUGGAGGAGGCCCGUGCUUCUCGAGACGAGAUCUUUGCUCAGUCCAAGGAGAACGAGAAGAAGCUCAAGAGUUUGGAAGCGGAGAUUCUCCAGCUUCAGGAGGAUCUGGCAGCGUCGGAGCGAGCCCGCAGACACGCCGAGCAGGAGAGGGACGAGCUGGCUGACGAGAUCUCCAACAGCGCCUCCGGAAAGUCAGCCCUGCUGGAUGAGAAGCGCAGGCUGGAGGCUCGAAUUGCCCAGCUGGAGGAGGAGCUGGAGGAAGAGCAGAGCAACAUGGAGCUGCUCAAUGACCGCUUCCGCAAAACCACCAUGCAGGUGGACACCCUGAAUGCGGAGCUGGCGGGCGAGCGCAGUGCCGCGCAGAAGAGCGAGAAUGCCCGGCAGCAGCUGGAGCGCCAGAACAAGGAGCUGAAGGCCAAGCUGCAGGAGCUGGAGGGCUCCGUCAAGUCCAAGUUCAAGGCCACCAUCGCCGCCCUGGAGGCCAAGAUCGCACAGCUGGAGGAACAGCUGGAGCAAGAGGCCAAGGAGAGAGCUGCAGCCAACAAGGUUGUCCGCCGCACGGAGAAGAAGCUGAAAGAGGUGUUCAUGCAGGUGGAAGAUGAGCGACGCCAUGCAGACCAGUACAAGGAACAGAUGGAGAAGGCCAAUUCCAGGAUGAAGCAGCUGAAGCGGCAGCUGGAGGAGGCCGAGGAGGAGGCCACCCGCGCCAACGCGUCCCGCCGCAAGCUGCAGAGGGAGCUGGACGACGCCACGGAGGCCAGCGAGGGCCUGAGCCGCGAGGUCAACACCCUGAAGAACCGCCUCAGGCGCGGCGGCCCCAUCAGCUUCUCCUCCAGCCGCUCGGGGCGCCGGCAGCUGCAGAUCGAGGGGGCUUCGCUGGAGCUCUCGGACGACGAUGCCGACGGGAAAGCCAGCGACGCCAACGAGACGCAGGCCGCCCAGGUGGAGUAGAGCCCUCGCCCUCGCCCUGGGGUCAGCCAGCAUGCUAGAGCGCUACAGCCUCCCCUGUUCCACACGCCAGCGCAGAGGGGGAGAAACGGCUCCGACCAGCCCUCCAGGCUGCCCUGUGGUCAGAAGUCUGCCUCGCUCCUCUCUGGCCACGCUGCAAGGCUGUAAAUCACUGAUCUCUUGCGUCUUAAUAUAACUAGCCUUGGCAUACUGUAUCUGCUUAAACAAAUAUAGGUACAAGUGCAUUUUAUAUAUAUAUAAAUAUAUAAAUAAAUGGAGUAAUUCUUUUUUUCUCCCAGAUAAACAAUGUAAAACUAUUUUGUAGCAAAUUAAGGCUGAAGUAAAACAAAACUGUCCUCUCAUUAAACGAUAUUUGCAUUCAAAGACAACUUAGUCACGGGUGGAUCCCCUCUUUGUUGCUAUGCAUGUCUCUUCAUGAUUUACAGAACACACUGCUUCUGUCAUACACAAAAAAACAAAAAGAGAAUCGUGUGCCGGUGGGUUGUGCUCGGACCGGUGAAGGACUGGAAAGUGAAAUCAUGCGAGGACCCGUCUGCUUCCGUUAAUGAAAUGCGAACGUGCUCGACAGAAAAUGUUACUGUGAAGUCAAUGAAGGAAUCUCAUAUUUCAUAAUUGAUGACCUAUAUUUUAUUUUUUUUUGCUUCUGGGGGCAAUGUUUUUUGAGGGUCUUGUUAGUCAGGAGCUGAAACCUCACUGCUCUUCAACAGCAAAUAUUAAUUUGUGUCUCUCCUGCAAACAGCAGUAUUUCUCAGUGACCUUGGACACAAGCUGAGUUUCACUUUUCAACUGCACUGGCUGGGUGGGCAUUGUGUCAAAGAGCUGUCUUACUUAUCAAAGUGGGAUAGAUGGGUUGCUGUGCAUCGAAGCGAUCUUUACUUUCCUUUUUGUUUAAGUUUUAGGAACCGUUUUUGAAGCAUUUGCUGAAAUAGUCAAACUUGUCAUAUUAGGCAGUCUUUCACAAAUCGAACUUCAGAACCUGUGCCCAGUUUUUUGUUUUCUGGUCACUGUGUAAGUCGUGCAUCUAUGCCUCUCUGACAGUCACGUUUCUGCAUCACUCUCUCCACUUUCCCUCCUUUCCUCAUCGUCUUUGAAGACGCUCAUGUUAAAAUUCAUGUACCUUUCAAUGUGAAGUAGUUGAAAUAAGAUGAAAUUCAAUAUGAAGCCACUAUGAAGUUCAGCGGCAUGGGUGUUGCAUAUCUGUGGAGUUGAUGUGACAGGACCUGCAUAUCCAUUAUUAUAGUUUUGUUUUCAGUUUAAAAAAAAAGAAAUUUGUUAUAAUGUUAGUAUAUAAUAAACUGAUGUUUCUUUAAAAGUGCCUUAGACACUACUAAGAAAGCAUUACUAGUGGAAAACCUUCAUAUGUACCUAACAUUACAACAAAAAAAACAUAACGUUUAAACAUGAUUUUAUUGUAUUUAGCUGUGCUUCAUAUCAUAUACAGUAUGUACCUCUCCAGUUCUAGUGCUAUUAUAGAUAUUACGUGGGUAUGAAUCAGUGUUAUUAACUCUGAAACGAUGAGCCUUCUGCCCUGUGCAGGAAGUGUUAUUUCAUUUGGUUAAAAGCUUUAACAUCUACGGGGUAGUUAUAUUAUUGAACUGGCUGUUGACAACCAGGCAUUUGACUGCAGAUCUUUCCUUUUAUUUCUUGUAUACCUGUAUUUCUAGACAAUGAUUUUUGUAAAAGACAAUAAACAUUCAUUCUAGAACUGG